GAUACGAAGAAACAAAGUAAGUUACAUUGCCACUACCAGUAGAUGUGGAGGUGCUGGUCAAUAGUCUCCAACUCUCUACCACAUUCGAAAUAUUUGCCACAACUUAUUAAGUAUCAUUAUCUGGACUUUAAGACGAUAAAAAAAACAGUCAUAACCCGUUUUUCAUAGAAAAUAUUUCACACAAUUAAAGCCAUCUGGACUUUAAGACGCUAAAAAUACUGGCAUAACCCGUUUUUCAUAGAAAAUGUUUCACACGAUUAAAGCCUAUUGAUUAAAAAUUAUGGAGGAGUGCAUUUAUUAAAUAUUAUUAUGCAUGGGGCAAUUUUGGUUAAGAAUAGAAGUUAAAGGAUGUGUUUGUUAGUUGCUACAAAUUAGAGAGGCCUAUUUGCCAAUUGGUACAUUACCCUUCAGUUUUGUUCGUUUGGAACCCGCCCAAAACUGGCCCGUCCCGUUCUUGAGAUCUGAAUCCUGGCUCUCGGGGAGCAGUAAACAGCUGAACACGCUGAAACCCUAGCACCCGCCUUAACAAAAUAUAACUGAAAAUACGGCAGGGACUCGAUUGCCAUGGCUUGCAAUUCCGGCAACUGCCAAUCCAAUUGUUACCAGAACGAACAAGUAGCUCAGGAUGGCUCGAUUCCGGCUCCCACCACUUGUUGCAGCGACGAUGGCGCCAACAACCAACAGCAGCAGGGCGUGUGUCUGAAGUGCAAGGUCAGCCCACCAAUUUCCAGCGGCGGUGGCGGUAGCGGCGACGAGGCCCGGUUCUGUGGAGACUGUUUCAGGACAAAUUUGUUCGGCAAGUUCCGGCUUGCCGUUACUUCCCACGCCAUGAUCACCCCUUCAGAUAACGUGCUCGUUGCUUUCUCCGGCGGCGUUGCUUCCAGGGUAGCUCUGCAGUUUGUGCAUGAUAUGCAGCAGAGAGCGCAGAGAAACUACGAAGCUAGUAAAGACAGGUCAUUGCCAGUCUUUGGCGUUGGAGUGGCAUUUGUUGAUGAAAGUACUGUAUGUUCAAUUUCUAAUGAUGAAGUUGAAGAAGCAAUUCAGGAGAUGAAAUCUACGGUGUUAGAAUUAGCUCCACCAGUAAAGCAGUUUCAUGUUGUUCCAUCAGUGAGCCUGUAUUCCUCAGGUUCGAGUGAUGAGAAAGACAGAUUGAUGAAGUUAAUAGGUGCUGUUGAUGAUGUUACUGGAAAAGAUGACUUUCUUAUGCAUUUGAGGAUGUGGGCAUUUCAGAAAGUUGCUUCUGAAAAUGGAUACACAAAGCUUGUACUGGGUCUGUGUACGUCAAGGAUUGCUUGCCAUGUCAUUGCUGCAACCGUGAAGGGUCAAGGGUAUUCUCUGUCAGCAGACAUACAAUAUGUCGACGCAAGAUGGCAAGUUCCCAUAGUUCUUCCACUUCGCGACUGUACCUCACAGGAACUUAACAUUCUGUGCCGUAUUGAUGGUCUAAAGACUUUGCAGUUGGUUAAUGAUCACCCCUCGGGCAUCAAUGGUUUGAUUUCUUCAUUUGUACACCUGUUACAGGAGGAAAAUUCUUCUAGAGAGAGCACCAUUGUCCGGACAGCUGGAAAGCUUACUCCAUUUCAUUUCAAUAGAGUGUCCGAGAUCAAUGAUUCUAGUGUUCCUUUGGCAACCCUAAGGAGGCAGAAGAGAUACAAUCUCAAGCCACAGGAAUCCAUCUCCUCAGAAUCUUUCUGUCCUAUAUGCAAUAGCCCAGUUAUUAAUUCUGACUUGCCAAGUUGUGACAGCCUGAAGCCUUUCAAGUUCAGUGAAUUUGCUGCAAGCUGCUGUCCGAGCUGUCAGUUUCAGAUACUGCCUCAGGAUCAGUCGUCAAUGAAAGAAUUCUACUCACUUUUACCGGAAGGACUAGUUUCCCGGUCUAAGCACAAAGACAAUGACAACCUGGAUAUGCUAAGGGAGCAAGUUCAGGAUUGUUUGCUAUCCAACAGUGACGACGAGACAAACUCGAGUAAGAGAAAUGCGUUGUCUCGUCUGGUCUUCUUUCUCCACGGCAAUGGAUCAUUCUCUAGCUCUCCCAGUACGUCGUGUUUUGCCCGGAGCGACGAUUAUUACAUGGUGCAGCUCCCAGUUAUGAUCUUAUUGUAUAUCGAUCCGAUCACUGAUACGUCAUUUAACUAGUGUAAUACGUUGGUACGAUACCGGUCUCAACUCUAAUGUAUCACUGGUAGUUUGUUACUGAGUACAGUGCUUUUCCCUACAGACUACAAGCAAAGGCAUGAUAGAGGUCGGAGAGACCAUUUUUCUUGGGCUGGGCCUUGAACGUCGAAUGUCGCGAGGUGGGCCUAAACCCCAACAGAACGAAACGACGCCGCUUGAAUUCCCACUU